AUGGCCUUUGCCGCAGGAGCCCGCAGCUCUUGGAUACGUCUCUCCUCUCGGAGGGUCAUGAACAUGCACGCAACCGUGGCGUCGACAAGGAAAUUGUCCAGUUAUUUGCUGACGCCCAAAGAGCUGCACGAAGCUCUCAAAAGGAAUCCACCUUCCUCAAUCAGCACGGACCCCCGGGUGAUCCCGCUUUGCGCAGCAUGGUUUUUGCCCAAUGAUGGGCGAACGGGUAUCGAGGUGUUCAGAGAGCAGCGCAUACCGAAGGCUCGCUUCUUCGACCUGGACAAAGUCAUCGACAGACGGAGUCCUUACCCGCAUAUGCUUCCCGAUGGCAAAGAAUUCGCCGCCGCCCUGAGCGAGCUGGGCAUCCGGAAGGAAGACAGCGUGGUCGUCUACGACACCAAGGAGCUAGGUAUUUUCAGCGCUCCUCGAGUGGCCUGGACGUUGAAGAUCUUUGGGCAUCCCAACGUUCACAUCCUCAACAACUUCAGGCUGUGGGUGGAAGAAGGGCUGCCCACCGAGUCGGGUGAGCUCUACAGCGUUGACUGCUGCCCGUACCCUAUUCCCAAACUCGACGACGCCAAAGUGGCCAGCUUCGAAGACGUCAAGGAGGCUGCUGUGGACCACAACAAGGAGGGCGCCGAAGGCGUUCAGAUAGUUGACGCUCGACCCGAGGGCAGAUUCACGGGCGCGAGCCCUGAGCCAAGAGAAGGCCUGUCAUCCGGGCACAUGCCUGGAUCAACCAGCCUGCCCUUUAGUGAUUUGCUGGACGCCCAGACCAAGGCAUAUCUCUCGCCCGAAAGACUACGAGCUGUGUUUCGAGAAAAGGGCGUGGACCCGAACAAGCCCAUCAUCUCCACCUGCGGCACUGGCGUCACUGCUUGCGUGAUUGAAGCCGGUUUGGAAGUGGCAGGAUACGCAUCUCCAGAGUCUCGGAAAGUCUAUGACGGUAGUUGGACAGAGUGGGCUCAAAGAGUCCGCCCGUCCGACAAUCUAAUCUUGAAGGAGGAGCAUUAA